AUGGAAAUCGCCGCGGUCACUUCUGGCUGUGUGUGUUGGUUGGCCAGCGCCCUGGCCGGUUUCGGACAUAUGGAUGUCGAUUCUUCAUCGUCAUCGCCAUCGGAACGAUUGUCCGUUGUAUGCUCGGCCUCGGCAGAGUACAGCUCCAACUCUUCUGAGUAUUCUCCUAAUUCUAGAAGGAAUUCCGUGAACGAAAGCGUCCUAAAAGAUGACCAAUAUUGGGACAGGAGACGGAAGAACAAUGAUGCUUCAAAAAGAUCUCGGGAAAAACGGAGAAUCAGUGAUAUGGCUAUGGAACAGCGUAUCUUAGCACUGUCCCAAGAGAAUCAUCUACUGAAGUCUCGCUUGGAGUCUCGCACGGCCGCCGAGAGCCUUUUGCAAACGACUCGUCCCGACUUUGCUGCGCUGCCGUCUCAGAGCAACACUGUGCUGCCAUCGACGACCAAGACCCUGUUCACACAGCAACUGCCAACUUCAUCAGUCGUACCGCUGGCCACUACUUCGCUGUCUUCCUUCCAUUCCACAGUGCCGUCUCUUUCACUACCGCAAGUUCCGCUGCUGUCGAGCACCUCCCAACUUCCGAUCAUGCAACUAUGUCAACUGCAAGCCGCCAUCCAACAGCAGUAUCGUGCCACACCGUCUCCGUCGGUGUUCUCAGUCGGUUCGGCCUUCCAACCUUUUCAAGCCCACAAGGAGUCUGUGAUUAUGAAAGCCGAACGCUUCAGUCCAGAUUCGAGCAGCGAUCGUGUCGAGCGUGUGAUACAGAGAGUUCCUUCACCUCAACAGCAGCAGGAGCGAGCGCCAUCGCAGUCGUUGCUGGGAGCGCUGCUAGCUUCUCGUCGUACCUCUCCAGCUGUACCGCAGAGCCGUACGGAACAUCAUAGCCGUUUGGGCAGUCCUCCACGGCUCUCACCUUCGAAAUCCGACUGCGAAUCGAUUUCCUCGUCAGCAUCGCUUUCACCAUCUCACUCAAGUGAAGAUCACCCAGAGUCCUCAGCCAUUAGAAGAGCUCUAGACGGCAACAGUUCUGAUGAAAAAAAGGAGCAGUACAUGGAUCGACGACGCCGCAACAAUGAAGCAGCAAAGCGCUGUCGUGCCAAUCGCCGGGCUGUUUUCGAGUACAGAAGUCGUCGAGUACAACUGUUGGAGAAUGAGAACGAUCAGCUGAAGGAGGAGAUCGCUAAGUUGAAACGGGAGGUCGACCAGUUCAAAUCGCUUUUGACCGCUCAGAACAUCAUGGAUACCACUCAAUAACACUUGCUUCGAUUCGUUCUUGUAUGCCUACUGGACAGCUCUAGUAAAUCGUCUCGCCUAGUAUAUCUACCUUCCACUACUUCCUCAUAGUCAGUCUAGAUUUAUCGGUGGUUUUGCGCACUACUGUAUUGUUACUGUAGGUCGCUAGAGCGCAAAGUUCGACUAGGUUUAAGUAUCUAGCCUUGCCCCCACUUCCUGCUUCCAUUCAUCCUCUCAUCAUAAGUCCUUAGCGUAUAUAAGUUUCGUACCUACACACAUCCAGGUAGUGCCGUGUGCCGCUGAGCCAAUAAUCUUUUAUGUUUUACUUUAGUCCUAUUGUUUUCCACUGCCAAUUUUUUAUGUGCAAUUAUCAUAUUCUUCCCUUUAUUACUAAUCAGCU